CAGCUGAUGGACAAUCAGGAACUCUGCUACUCCUUCGGUUGUCUUCAGUCAGGAGCUACACAUCCACAGAAAAAGAAGAAAAUCUUAAGUUUGUCUCUCUUCUUUCACCUUUACUCUGUACUGGAGGGGCGAGGCUCUAUUUGCGUUCUUAUUCUGUUCGAAAACUCCAGACUUCGAAAGUGGCUUCAGGAUAUUUACUAAGUGAAGCAGGGACCCAUCGGCACUGAAUGCAGCAUGGGGUCUGAUGAGUCGUACAAUUUUGUCUUUAAAGUGGUUCUGAUAGGGGAGUCCGGCGUGGGGAAGAGCAACCUUCUGUCCCGCUUCACCAAGAAUGAAUUCAACCACGACAGCCGCACCACCAUCGGAGUGGAGUUCAGCACGCGAACCGUUCAGCUGAACAACUUCACCAUCAAGGCCCAGAUCUGGGACACAGCAGGACUGGAGCGCUACAGGGCCAUCACCUCAGCGUACUACAGAGGAGCAGUCGGAGCGCUGUUGGUGUAUGACAUCAGCAAGCAUCUGACCUACGAGAGCGCAGAGCGAUGGCUGAAGGAGCUCUUCGACCACGCAGAUCCUCACAUUGUGGUGAUGUUGGUGGGGAACAAGAGCGACCUGGAGAGCCUCAGGACUGUUCCCACAGAGGAGGCCCAAAACUUUGCAGACAAGAAGGGGCUCAUGUUCAUGGAGACGUCAGCACUGGACUCCACCAACGUCGAAGCUGCUUUCAAUGAAGUCCUCAGAGCGAUCCAUAAGAAGGUGGCGAGCAGAGAGGUGACCCGCGGCUCCAUCAGCGCCGUGACCCUGUCCAGUCCCCUUGGAUCAAAGAGUGACGCUCAGGAGGAGCGUAAAGGCUGCUGCAAGAGCUAAUACCAGACUGACCGAGCCAACAUCGUGCUCGACAGUUUACCAUUCAGUCAGCUCGGCGAGGAGCAGUGUCCCAAUACUUGUGUACAGUUUAUAGGUCAUUAAUUGAGUGCAAAUAUGGAGUAA